AAUUGGGGCCCGCGUUCCGUUUUAUCGGGCGAUAUUUCACUAAAUCUUUGUAUCAUUAUUCCCCAUAUCUCUGUUCCUCGAUAUCGAAGGGACGAAGGGGUGAGCCGUGAUGCUUUUAAGCUCCAAAAGAGAAAUAGGUCAAAUUUAUCGCCUGACACCGAGAAUUGCUGUAAUUUUGAGUUAAUUUAAACCCGCCGAGUGUUGAAUGCUCCGCAUCGAUUCGAUCGCGCUGGGAGUUGAGAUGAAAGAGAAAAGUGGAUGAAAACAGCAGGUCUUGCCUCGAUAUACUUUACUCAUAAAUCCGUGUCGACUACAAAGCGUCUCGUUUUGAACAAAAAAAAAAAAGGAAAAAAGAAAUCAAGGGAGAGAAAGAGAGGAAGAAGUUCUGAAACCUUUUAUCGACGUACAUAUAUCUUCUGCAUAACAUCCUGUAAUUUACAAGUAUAAAAUACUGCUUAAACACAUAUGUGGAUUAAUGUUGGUUGAUUAAGUUAUCGAACUUCAAUUAGUCGAUUAUUCGUGCGACUUUGAAGAAUGCUUUUCCCCUAUGUGCAAAUAAAGAAAAUCAUUUUUUUUUACAGGAUGUCUCACAUUCUUUGAGAUCCUUCACGAAUUGUCUCGAUGGGGCGUCCUUCCGGCAGGGAAGCGGCAGCUUUCCACAGUUGAGCGUAAUACCAACCAGCGACGAGCCCCGACCGCUCUCCAUCGGCCGGAAUCGUUCUCGUCGAUUUUUAUCGAGGCCUCGGUGACGACGGUAUUGAAUUUGCGGUCGAGCGAGAUGGCUCUUCCGGACCGAAGCUGUUAAAAAUGUAUGACUUCAUAGUAGUCGGAGGUGGCAGCGCGGGUGCCGUGGUAGUCUCGAGAUUGUCGGAAGUAACAAACUGGACGGUGUUACUCUUAGAAGCUGGCGAUCAUGAGAACGAGAUUUCAGACAUUCCACUGUUGGUCGCAUACACUCAACUCUCAGAAUUUGAUUGGAAAUAUAAAACUUCACCACUCAGUACGUCCGCUUAUUGCCUCGCCAUGAUAGGCAACAAGUGUAAUUGGCCACGCGGUCGUGUUCUUGGAGGAUCUAGUGUCCUCAACGGAAUGAUUUAUGUUCGUGGUAAUAGGCACGAUUACGACAACUGGGCUCGAUUAGGAAACGCGGGAUGGAGCUACGAGGAAGUGCUCCCAUAUUUUCUCAAGUCCGAAGACAAUCGUAAUCCAUAUUUAGCAAGAACUCCUUAUCACAAAACAGGAGGUUAUCUGACGAUACAGGAGUCAUCCUGGAAAACUCCUCUGGCGAUCGCUUUUUUGCAAGCUGGUCAAGAGAUGGGCUAUGAAAAUCGCGAUAUAAACGGAUUCAAUCAAACCGGCUUUAUGUUGACGCAAGCGACGAUUCGACGUGGUAGUCGAUGUUCGACAGCAAAGGCUUUCCUACGCCCAGUGAAGAAUAGACCGAACUUGCACAUAGCGAUGCGCGCUCAGAUACUAAAGGUGCUCUUCAACACUGACAAAAGAGCAACGGGCGUAGAAUUUCUUCGCGAUGGCAAACGACAGAUCGUAAGAUGCAGAAGAGAAGUUAUCUUAUCCGCCGGCACAAUUAAUUCUCCUCAAUUGCUUAUGUUAUCCGGAAUCGGUCCUAGUGAACAUUUGAAUGAGUUCAAUAUACCAGUGAUAUCCGAUUUACGAGUUGGAGAUAACCUUCAAGAUCAUGUGGGCCUUGGCGGGCUGACUUUUUUGGUGAACGAAUCAAUCACUCUGACAAUAAAGCGAGUUCAAACUCUCUCGGCGAUGUAUGAGUACCUUAUAAACGAGCGAGGACCUCUGACUACACCAGGAAUAGAGGCAUUAGCUUUUCUCAAUACCAAAUAUGCUGAUAAAUUCGGUGAUUAUCCGGAUAUGCAGUUUCAUUUUGCGCCAUUUUCCAUCAGCUCUGAUGGCGAACAAAUAAAAAAGAUUCUCGGUCUCAGAGAUCGUGUGUAUAACAUUAUGUACAAGCCCUUGCACAAUGUCGAGACCUGGUCGAUUCUGCCACUUUUACUACGCCCUAAGAGCACAGGUUGGAUAAGAUUAAAAAGUAGAAACCCUUUGGUUCAACCGGAUAUCAAUCCCAACUACUUCACGCAUAAGGAGGACAUGGACGUUCUUAUAGAAGGGAUUAGGUUGGCGAUGAGGGUAUCCAAUACAAGCGCGUUUCAGCGAUUUGGCUCGAGACCUCACACGAUUCGUAUGCCGGGCUGUCACAAAUAUUCUUUCGAUACAUACGAAUAUUGGGAGUGCGCCAUACGGCAUUUUACAUUUACAAUUUACCAUCCAACCAGUAUCUGCAAAAUGGGGCCAAGAAGUGAUUCCAAAGCAGUCGUGGACUCACGAUUAAGAGUUUACGGAGUGAAAGGACUUAGAGUCGUUGACGCUUCCAUAAUGCCAACCAUUGUCAGCGGCAAUAUAAACGCACCGACCAUCAUGAUCGGCGAGAAAGCCAGUGACAUUAUUAAGAAAGAUUGGCUAGGGAUAAAGUAGGUAGGGAUAAAGAAAGAAUUAAAAACGUAAAAAUAUAAAGUGUAAAUGUAACAGCUAAAGAAAUAGCUAAGGAAGAAGGAGGUAAUAGGAUAAAAAAAUUGUACAGGAGGCAAAACAGAAUACUGCCUCCUGUACAAUUUUUUUAUCCUAUUACCUCCUUCUUCCUUAGCUAUUUCUUUAGCUGUUACAUUUACACUUUAUAUUUUUAUGUUUUUAAUCAGAGGAAUAUAGUUUUAGUAUAGGCAAAUUAUGCGUAAUAUAUGGAUGAAUGAAUGGGCUAAGAAAAAGAUUAUAAACCAAAUCCGUUCUUGGUAGCAUUUGUAAAUUGCUGAAGCAAAUAAAUUUUCUUCUAUCGUCAUAUUGGAUGUAACCGAAAUUCCAAAUAUAUCAUAUGAGAAAUGCUAUUAAACUUUCUUUUACUUUCUUUUUAUAACAUUCUUAUAAUACCGAUUUUUUUAGAUGAUUUUAAUUUUAUCCAAAUCUUAUUUUCAAUAAUACGCUGUAAGAUUUUUCUCUGUCUACUAAUCUAGAUGUCUCAAAAAGUUUCCACGUUUUCGUUAGUUAGUGUAAUAGGAUAAAAAAAAUAAGCUGCCUUCUCCCAUGCUACUUGCCGCAAAUUGAUAAAGAAAGACAAGACAAUGGUUCAGCGCUCACACGAAUAGCGAUUGUUCCGCGAAAAGAGAACACAUUGAACACAAUCGAAUUCUCUUUUAGUUCGAUCGAAUGGACCGUUUCUUCUUGAUUUCGAUGACACUCUCGCAAUUGCUUGAACACGGAACCAUCGUGUCGAGUUGCGGCAAUUCAUUGAUCAAAAAUAAAGAUGAAUGCUGCUGAAGAUACGAAAUUCUAGAUAAUGUCAUGAUUCUGAUGUUAUAAUGUAAACAAUUUAAUUUGAGCUUUUUCUCUCAUUUCCCCUUUUUUUUAAAUAGAUCUGAUGAUAAGUAGAACUUUUAUAUUUGAAAAGAAAAAUAAAAAAUUAUCUAUCAUUAUUAUUAUUUAUUUAUAAUAACAAAAUUUCAUUUUUUUAACGUUUUUAUAUUAUAGAAUAACAUGGCAUUUAUGUAUAUAUCACAUUACACAGAUGACUUUUACAUUCUUGCUUUCGGCAGAAAAUAUGGCUUAAUGUGAUCCCAAGGGUUCAAACGACGAGAAUAAAAUGUAAAUUUCCCACGCGGCUACUCGAAAGAUUUAAGAAAUUGUUCCCGUUUUCGUCGUAUAAAAUAAGAGUAAAAUAGUGCCAUAGUCUUACAACCUCCCGGUUGUCCAACUCUACAACGCGCUUCUCUAAUAAUUUACUCACGUCACGUGUUCGCCACGUCCUUUUAUUAAGCCGUAAAUUAAUUCUUUCAAAUUGAGCUCUCCCAUCGUCGACUUCAUAUCGCAGCCGGGCCCAACUGGGACCGUAAAAUUUAAAUGCAGUGGUAGGAAGUUGAGGCGCAGCUGCUCGAAAAUGUAGGAGGCAGUGACUCACGAGAAAUCCGAAUCGCCUGAGCGGUGGGAACUAAAACACUCAUAGAUCGGAAGGCCUCGUCUUAAAAGAGAACCAGCGUCCGCCCGAUGAAAUUAACAAAGUAAAAGGUAGAACUUCUAA